GCAGUGUCUUCUACAACAUCUUCUGAAUUUUAACCUACUUCUUCAGUGCCACAAAUACAGAAGAAAACAAAAUGGCAAAUGGACAGCAAAUAACCAAGCUCAAUGUCUCCACCUGUAAGGACGAAGAGGAAAUACUCGGAGCUCAAGGUUAUCAGCUCAUCAAUGUUAACCUCAAUGAAGGUACUGGUGGAAACCGGGUCCUUCUUUGGUACAAGAAAGAGUCUGGCAAAAGACCAGUGACCAGGAUUGAGUUUUCAUUCACUGACAAGAUGAAAUCUGGUCUGGCUGAUGCUGGGUACACGCUGGUCAACAAGGAUCUGAAUGCAGGAGUCAGUGGAGAUCACAUCUUUCUCUGGUACUUCUACGGCAGCACUGAAUAUGACAUUCCUAUUGUGGAGCUCGUGGUAACCAAAGAAGCCAAAGAAGAACCUGCUCUUCUGAAAGAUGGCUGGGAGAGACUGGGCUGUGAUCUGAACCGCAAUGCAGGAGGAAACUACAUCUACCUGUGGGUGAAGAGAGAGAAGACCAGCUACAUACAACAGGUCGCAGCAACGGUUGACUUCAGUUCUGACAAGCACAUGUUUGAACUGGGCUACACUCGUGUGUGUGAAGACACCAAUCGGGGCUCUGGUGGAAAAAACUACGUCUUCCUCUGGUAUCGGCGCACAACCGAUGAGAGCAAGGCUCUCACUGCUCUUGAUGUAUCCACCUCUCUCCAGGAGGAAUCAAAGCUUCAGAAGGAAGGCUAUAAAAAGCUCAGUGUUAAUCUCAAUAAAGGAACCGGUGGAAAAGAUGUGUACCUAUGGUACAAGAAAGAAGGACAAGAAUGGAUGCAAGCCUUUGUUCUGCUGAUCAACAGUGACGCCUGGAUUGAGUAUCAGAAAGCUGGUGUAAACUUUAUUGAGAAAAAUCUGAAUGAGGGCAACAAAGGCUGGGAAAUGUACAUAGCCUACAAGUAAAAUCACAGCAUCAUGCUGCCAUCACAGGAUCUUCUUCAGUUAUCUCAGUGGUAGAUCUAUAUGGCAACUAUAAUCAUAUCUGUUUCUAAUGCAUGAUUUUAAUGUCACUCUUAAAAGCAUAUUGUGACUGUGGCUGUUGUACUGCACUCAACCACACACAUUUCAUUUGGCCUGUUUAUGAUGUAAUGAAUUAUGAAAUAAAGUCAACUUUAACCACAA